UUAUUCUUUAUUUUUAAAAGCCAAAAGCCUUAAAUCUCAUUGGUCCACGUGUGGGCUUACCUGGCAGUUUUAGAAGUUGGGUUUAAGUGGAGCAAUCGAAUUCGAAGUCAUCAUUAAACCGGCUUAGCUGCCGCUUCUCUACAAAAUUCUUCAGCUUACGUGAACAAAGAAACAGAGGUAUGGCGAAGCCAAGCAAAGAGCCUUGCAAGAAAGAGGCUUGCGAUAUCCAAGCUUGUCUUUCCAAGAACAAUUUCCUUCCCCAAAGAUCUUGGAAUCAAGUUCUGAAGCAAAGGGUGCCGAAAGGUGAUCGAACUGCUUCAAUCUUGCUGCGAGAAAUGCAAUUACGACUCCACCCAUUGUGCUUCUGUGUCUGCUCUCUUAAAGCAAAUAGCCAAGUGACAUUGAUGGACCUCCGCUCACACUGAAUGCCUAUUCGAUUUGUCUGUUUACUUGACUUUUGUUAACGCAACUGGCAUAAACUCAAUUGUCAUAGUUCAUAGGACUUUUUCUGUUACUUUGGAAAUUGGUAUUCUCUAUUGACUACAAUAGAUUUGAAGUUCCGGAGGGGGCACUUCACUUUCACAAACUGAUCAACAUCAACAUCCUGUCACGCUGUAUUUGCAAUGAGCCUUGAUAUUCAAGCGAUAGCUUCGCCUAACAAUUGUGUAAUAGAUGCCUUAAAUCUCUUUCAAAAGAGAUUAUGCAUGUAUUUGAUUUGUCCAGUCUUCUUUUUUGCAAAUGGUAGUUACUUCAUUGAGAGUAA